GUGAAAUGAACACCUGUUGCCGGCGGGGGUUUAAAAAGAAGAAGAAAAACGGUCGAAUUUCAGGUAAUUUGCGCCGCCUCGCAAGUUUCGAGGCCCGCUUAUUAAAGCAAACCAGACAGGUGACCUGCAGGCUGGACUGAGAGGAACAUACAGAGGAUGCGUUUUUAAAAGAAAAGGAAAUCUCUCAGCGGCCGCCAGUCACCGAGCUACAGAUUGAACAUGCUGCAGGUUGCAUGAGUGACAGAUAUGGGGUCAGCGAGAUCGUAUUUGCAGACUUUCACAGUGGUGGCACUUCUUUGCUUAUUUCUGACCAGUGGAGGUGCGAGGCCGGAGGUGCGUGGAAAGGUUGGAGGUGUGGUUGAGUUGGAGUGUAGUUUUCCUCCAUCAGAGCCAAUCAGUGUGACCUCCUCCGCCUCCCUGCAUGUGGUUGAAUGGGUCCGACGGGGACUCGAUAUCUCCGUCCUGAUCAAAUUCGGCUCCUACGCGCCUCGCCUCCACCCACAAUAUGAGGGGCGGGUGUCUCUGGUACGAGUCACCGACCUGAGGCUGGAGGACCUGCAGCUGGAUGACGGGGGCUCGUACGAGUGUCGAAUCCUCUUACUGGAUGAACCCACAGAUGAGCUGCAGAACGGCACCUGGACUCUGCUUUCUGUAACCGCUCCACCCACCUUCACUGAAGCCCCGCCUCCUGUGAUGGAGGCUCUGGUUGGAAGUCGCCUCUCUCUUGCCUGUGUUGCUGUUGGCAACCCCACCCCAACCAUCUCUUGGCUAAAAGAUGGCAGUGUGAUUCCAAGAAUAAAUUAUCAGGACGGAGUCUUAUCUCUGCGAGCAGUGAGCAUGCAGUCAGCAGGACAGUACACCUGCCACGCCUCCAACUCUGAGGGAAACGUGACUCGCAUGACCAAAAUGAAGAUCAAAGGUCCACCUGUUAUUGUCGUCCCUCCCACAAGCACCUCUCUCAACAAGUCCCAGAAUGCACUUCUCCGGUGCCAGGCGGUGGCCGACCCCCCCAACAUGACCUACGUGUGGCAGAGAGGAGGCGAGAACGUCCAUCACAUAGAGUCUCUGAAGUCACGAGUGAAGAUCAUGGUAGAUGGAACUCUACUCAUCUCCCAUCUCAUCCCCGAGGAUUCUGGGAACUACACCUGCAUGCCGACCAACGGCCUGCUGAACCCGCCGACGGCCUCCGCCAACCUCACAGUGAUGCACCCGGCCCAGGCUCUCCCAAUGCCGCAGCAGGUGUACCUCCCCGCAGGUAUGGAGGGCGUGGUCACCUGCCCAGCGGCGGCUCAGCCUCCGCUGCUCCGGGUGGAUUGGACAAAAGAUGGAGAACCACUUGACCUGUCCUUGUAUCCAGGAUGGACCUUGACACCCGAGGGCUCUUUGUUCAUGACCACAGUCAAUGACGAUACAGCAGGCGUGUACACGUGUACCCCGUACAACAGCUACGGCAGCAUGGGUUCAUCUGAGCCAACGGACGUUAUCCUACAGGACCCCCCGUCAUUCAGCGUCGCUCCAGAGAAGCAGUACAGACAGGAGGCUGGUAGAACCCUGCUCAUCCCCUGUCAAGGAAGCAAGGACCCCACAAUUAAAGUGACCUGGAGCAAGGUCGACGUGGCUCGUCGCACUUCAUACUCCGUAGAACCCAACGGUUCUCUUCUCCUGCAGCCUCUCACGAAGGACCACCAGGGGGCGUGGGAGUGCAGCGCCGCUAACCGCGUAGCCUCGGUGAAAACCAGCACACAAGUCUUUGUCCUGGGAACCAGUCCCCAUGCGGCUACCUCUCUGUCCGUCUCUCCAGGGGUGAGGCAGGCCAACGUUUCCUGGGAGGCAGGCUUUGAUGGAGGAUCAGCGCAGACAUUUUCAGUUUGGGUGAAGAAGACUUCAGCUGGUGAUAAUGAUGGGCGGCGGGACUGGUUCUCCGUGCCCGUGCCCCCCUCCUCUGGCUGCAGCCUGCAGGUGACCGGCCUGUCUCCCGCCACGGACUACCAGUUCAGCGUCCUGUCUCACAAUAAAAUGGGCACCGGGCCCUUCAGCGAGAUCACCGACACACGCACCUCGGAUCCUCCGCCGAGGAGAAGCAAGCUCAUGCCCCCUGCGUCGCUGUCGGCUAAUCAGGGCUCAGCAGGUGUCGUUCUGCAGUGGUCCCUUCCUGAGGCCCAGCACCCUCCCAUCACAGGCUUUGUUCUCCAAUCCCGCGCCGAGCGAGGGGAGUGGUUCCAUUUGGACGAGGACAUCGGUGCCAACAGCAGCGAGAUGGUCGUUCCGGGUCUGCACAAGGACUGUGUGUACGAGCUGCGGCUGCUAUCUCGUCGCGGGGAGUUGCUGAGCGAGCCCAGUCCAUCAGUCAAUGUCUCCACCAUGGGGAUGGAGAUCUACCCUGCCACAUCCCGACUGCUGGAGCUCGUCCCCGAGCCGUUACUGGCCGGCGUGCUGGGCGGGGUCGGCUUCAUGUGCUUGGCACUGGUCUUGCUGCUGGGGUCCGCCUGUGUCAUCAGCCGCAAGAGGGACCAGCGUCUCAGAAAGAAGAAGCACGAGCCCCUCUCUGUCAUCUAUAAAUGCUCCCCAUCAGUAAAGACUUCCGGCACUGGCAGUCCAGACAGUGUGUUGAAGACGAGCCUACUUCCAGCCAGCAUCCUCUAUCCCACCACUUCCUCUACCACCACCUCCUCAUCCUCACAGACAGACUAUUCCUCCUUUAGCGCUGACAGUCAUCAUCGGCAAAAGCAACUCCCGUCCGCCCACGGCAGAGGCCGCCUUACGAGGACAACUUCUUCUCCGAUUCCUUCCGCAAUCGAGUUGAUCUCCAGAGGCACGGAUGGGCGCUUCGCACUCCUACCGUACAACCAUGACGCGCAGAGUGUUCCCAUCAAGGAGAGUGGAAGGUAUGACCAAGCUCGAGUCCGAAGGUCUGUGUCAGUGCACUCGGAUAGGGAAGACAGGAAGCAGCCAGCGUUUGUGCUCUCUGUUGAUGUUCCACCUUGCAAACCAGCAGAGGCUGAUUCCACAAAGCAAAGUCUUGGCCUCGCCCAAGGCUUGUCCCAUCACAGCUCUUACAUCUCGGAUCAGAAGGAGAACUAUGAUGGCUUUCCUGACUUCAACAGCCUGGCUUCAAACAGUAGUUUGGCCACCAUUCCUUAUCAAGACAGAAGAAUAACUCCCACAUUUCCAGUGCUCCCACACAUCCGGUCUGGCCUUGGUCAGCCAUCCACGACCGCCAGCGCUCUGGUGCUCCAGAUGGAGCAUGAGAGGGAGAGAGGAAACCUGAGUCGCUGUCUGAAGCUGGCUCGGGAGAGGGAGGAACUGGAGAGGGAGCUCCAGAGGUACACUCUGGACAGGGGCUCCAUGAGAGAAGUGAAGAGGGAGCAUUGCGAUGUGGAGAGCGGUGAGGUUGGUGGUAAGGAGCUUGUGUGGGAAUAUAAAAGCAGCACGUUGCCCCACAGAUUUCCCCAGGGCAUCAAGGAAAGCUUUGCUCUAUCACAGAGCCCUUUUUCUUCCUCUUCUGUACAUUGGGAUGUCCGCCAACCUCUGACUCUGAUCCCGGCCCGGACCUGCUUCAGUGCGUGUUCAACCGCGAGUUCCUCUUGUUUUAAGUCCGCCGACCUUCAUCCUGCCGAACAGACCCCCCUCCUAUCUCAGGAGGUAGGCAGCUUUUCCAAAGGCAGAUUAACUCUCCCACAUCUCUCCUCAAAGCACCAGAGACAUGAAAGGGUAGAGGCAGCACCAGAGGGCUAUGAUAAUUCACCACAAUCCACAGUCUUAGUAAUGCAAACGAAUGAUUCAUGCUGUGGGGCACGGAGACAGAACAAUCUUAGUCAUGGCAGCAUUUCAACGUCGUCUUUCCAUAGCAGUAAAUACAUUGAGGGAUCUAAUUGGGCUGCCAAUGGAGUGCCAGACUCCGCAAAAGCGGAGGUAGCGUUCCCUCAGCUCACUGAUGAAGAAGUGUGUGUCGAGAUGAGCGUGGAUGAGCCAGAGUUGGAGGCGUGUGCAAUGCGGCCUGCGAAGCCAAUGCUGCACGACAAAAUCGCCUCGCAUGUGCAACAUGGGCGCUCGCUGACUCGCAGAGGUCGCCGUGGGGACGCGAGCAGGAGCGCAAGCUUUCACUGCAGCAGACCUGCUUCUGUGGACGAUAUUGUCAGGGUCCCAGCUGCUCCGCAAACUCCAAAACCAGAACCCCGGAGAGCUGGGACACAUUGCUCUAAACUCUGGGACUCUAAGCAGCGAAGUCAGAGCCUUGACUCACGGAGACGGAGAGAGAGCAGUUUCCUGCCUCCUGAUGCGUGGAUAGACUCUCUCAGCCAAGAGAACUGCUCUGUUGCGUCUUCACGUCAUCGAGACACUCUGUUCUGGGAUCCCCAGAGAUCUCUGACCAGGAAGAUCUCCAAAUCUCCAGCAAGUACUCCUGCUACCCAAGCUGCCUCCCGGUCACCUCCUGCUGUGGAUGCUUUAUCUCUAAGAAGCAGACCAGAGAGGACCAUACCAAAAGCUGACGUGCCUUGCCACUGCGAGCCAAGAGGAGAGGCGUUCAUCGUUCCCAAUGCCGCCAAAUGGCCAGUAGACUACCGGGAGGCCAUGAAAAAGGCAGUAGAUUCCUUGGAGGCCAUGAAGGAAGCUUCCAGAUGCUUACCACCCGACGACUAUUACCAAGAGGCACUAGAGGUGGAGGCGGGGGGCUACGAGGUGCCAGAGUCCGGGAGCAGCUACAGCAGUUAUGCCAGCAGCGGGCGAGGCAGCAUGGAGCCCGCCAACGGACGCCUGUCCCUGUGUCACCUUUCCCCAACCCUCACCAGCUCACCUGAGACCGUAGAGGAGGGCCAGGGUAGCACAGAGGACAAGCACAGUCACCAAAUGGAACCAAGCCAAAGGAGAAAGGCCUCAGUUGAUGAGAAUUAUGAGUGGGAUGCUGCUGAUUUCAGCUCACAGCCCGGAGACCAUGACGGUGAGUGUUUUUCUUUCCUUGUUGAGCAACAAGCAGUUCAUGUUUUAACAAGAUACAUUUGUCUGUUUUGGAAUUACAAAUCAAUACAGUGUACAGUGUUGAGGUGAAAGGAAAAAACAAACGCUGGGCGAUUGUUGUGAAGUUGAUCUUGAUUCUUCCAAACGGUAUCUUCCUCAUUUAAUCUGCGGGGAUGCCAUGCUCCCGAGUGGAUUAGAACAUGAUAACAUCUUUCUAAAGAUGGAGAAAUUGUCACUGGACAGGGGUGGCCUGUGGUUUUUGGUAUAUAACUUCGGUCAUACCCGUUUUGGGCUCACCGUACCUUCCUUCCAAAAAGACGCAGAGAACAAGAGAAGUGAAGCCAAAUCAGACCAGAGACGUAAAUAGUCCCCUUCAUCGCCUCCUACUCGCGCUUCUUCCGCCGCCCGUGCUCAGACCACACCCAUCAAAUCCCCCCCCCACCACACACACCUUGCUCAGACCACGGCCAUCUUUGAACUCAACCUUUAUUUUGAUCUCAAGUGCACACCUGUAAAGUUUGAUGUCUGUGUCUUGCACGCUUUCAACGCUAUCGUUUUGACAAGAUCUAUUCAAAGGCAGAAAAAAAUAACGUCUGGUAAAGUACUCAAAAGUGCCUCUGUGAUGGUUCCUGCUCCAGUAGGUGACUCCGGGGCAACAUUUUGCCAUGAUGACUCGCACACAUGGACUCACAAGGUGCUAGGCUUGUGGAUUUUCUCAUUGUGAACACGACGAGGAUAAAAUGUCAGUCUCAAGCUUUGGUAUCAGCGUUUAGAGGGUUCGCGGUUUGAACCCGCAGGUCGUCUUGGACCCUUCCGUGUGGAGUUUGCGUACUGUAUCCUCACAGGUUUUCUCGCGGUCCUCCAGCUUCCUCCCACAGUCUACAGACAUGCAGCUUUGGUGGAUUGGCGACGCAAAAAAAUGGCCCGUCGGUGCGAGUGUGAAUGGUGGUCGUCGUCUCUGUGUCGGCCCUGUGAUUGACUGGUGACCAGUUUGUACUCCACCUUGUUCUAAUGAUUUUAGUGGCCCCCAGUGUUUCCACAUUAUAUAAUAACAAAUACUUUUUUCAAUGAAUGUAUUUAAUCAGUGAUAUAGAUGACAAUAUAUAUAGUAUACAUAUUCAGUAUUUACUAUUACAUUUGGUGUGAUUUAUAUGUAGUAUAGCGUUCCCUACUGGCUCAAAUGUAUAUUGGGCAGACUUAAUGUGGCGUGCAGUAGCAGCGUGGUAUGCAUAGUAAGUGGCAACAUUUAACAGGCCUUAACAGCAACACUUAGCAAUUUCUGAUCUGACCUAUGUGACAUUUGUUACUGUGUUUCAAGAACAAAUUAAGGUCAGACAUGUUUUCACUCUAUGGCACAUUUGCACUCAGAAGCCAGUAUUAAAUAUUUAACCCAUAAGCGAUUGUUUGAUAUCCGUGGGAGUUCAGGUUCCAGUGUACGGAACCCACAGGCUGUGGACAUUUAUAAUAUCUGUGGUAAAACAUUACGAGAUAAUGUCAGUUUCUUUUUACCCACAGACCUGCCGCCCUCGCUGAAUCCGCUGAAGCCCGCUCCGUGCUGCAGCCUCCCCAGAAUGCAGCGCUCCACUAAGGCACAGAAAAAUUGUGCU